UAACUUUUUUUUUUAACUUUCCCCAAUUCCCCUGCGAUUAGAUCCCGACUCCAUUCUCCCUACACAAAACCCUAGAAUCCAAAAUCUCACAUCCAAUCCUAAAUAAAUGGUUCUUCUACAACCGGAUCCGUUUCUCAAUGAGCUCACGAGCAUGUACGAGCGGAACACGGAGAAGGGAUCCGUGUGGGUCACCCUCAAACGAUCAUCUAUGAAGAGUAAGGCGAAGAAGAAUAAGAUGGAGAGCUCAGGAGAGAAUGUUGAGUUUAGAUGCCUUGUUCGCGCAACCGAUGGCAAAAAAACCAUUUCCACUUCGCUCUCCGCCAAGGACCACCAAAAAUUCCAAGCUUCCUAUGCCCUAAUCCUCAAAACUCACAUGAGCGCAUUGAAGAAGCGGGAGAGGAAGGACAAGAAGAAGGCCGCGGAAGUUGCGAAGAAGCCCGAGCCGUCGAAGAAGCCAGAAUCAUCGAAGAAGCCCGCACCCGCACCUUCGAAGCCCUAAAAUGCGCAAUAUUUCGCAUCCCCUGUUUGCAUUUGGUCCAUACCCGCGCCGUUUUGGAUCGUAUACCUCAGUUAUUCAAGGGAACCUUGUUAUGAUUUUGAGCAGUUAUUGCUUUCUUUUUCAUUUUUGUUUCUCGGCUACACAUUCGAAAGGAAUCUUUUGUUUAAUGGCUUGAUUUCGGUCGAUUUUAAGACCCCGAAGGCUGAGGCUUUUCGCUGUUAAUUGCUCGAUGGUCGAAUUUAAUCCAGUGCUGCUGAUUUUCAGCAUUUAAUCUUGUAUAAAUUUCUGUAUUCGUAUUCUGCGAAUGAGUUUUUAAAAAAGAAAAAAAAAGGGAUUAGUAUUUGUGGUAA